UUAUAAUGCCUAAACGAUAAUGGUGGGUUACCUAUUUUUAUUUCUUCACAUAAACUACUCCCUCAUUGAUCAUGGUGCCAUCUUUCCCAUUAAAUAAUUUUUUCAUUUUUUCAUUUCUCUAACCCAAUCAUUUCCGUUUUCUCAAACCAAAAAAAAAAUGAAGAUCCAAUGCGACGUUUGCAACAAAAACGAAGCUUCAUUAUUCUGCACCGCCGAUGAAGCCGCCUUAUGCAACGACUGCGACCACCGUGUCCACCACGCCAACAAGCUUGCCUCCAAACACCACCGUCUCUCUCUUCACAGUCCUUCUCCUAAACAACACCCUCUCUGUGAUAUCUGCCAGGAGAGAAGAGCUUUUGUGAUGUGUAAACAAGAUAGAGCGAUUCUGUGUAAAGACUGUGAUUCAGCUAUUCAUUCUGUUAACGAACUUACGCAGAAACAUGAUAGGUUUCUUCUCACUGGUGUUAAGCUUUCGACUACUAGUACUAACUCUUCAUCUUCAUCAGUAUCAACUACUACUACUAGUGUUAAGUCAAAUCUUGUUCCUUCUUCUUUGAUUGAAAAGUCAACCACUGUAUCACAAACUUCAACUCUCAAAAACGUGGACAUGGAAGAAGGAGAAGAAGAAGGAAGUGGUGGUUCAAGUAUUUCUAAGUACUUGAUUGAGACUCUACCUGGUUGGCAAGUUGAUGAUUUUCUAGAUUCUUCUUCUGUUCCCUUUUCUUUCUCUAAGGGUGAUGAACUGUUUGAAGAAAAUCUUGAUUCAUUUUUUCCCAAUAGUAAUAUUGGGAUCUGGGUUCCUCAAGCUCCACCACCUUCUCUAUAUUCUUCUUCACAGAUAAUGACGAUGGGGCAGAAUGAGACCAAGAAAAACAGCAACAACAAAAGCAGCAUCAACAGAUCAAGGUUGAGGGAUGAUGGUAACAUUUUCACAGUUCCACAGAUUAGUCCUGCUUCCAGUUCCAAGAGGACAAGAUAUCUAUGGUAGAUCUAGAUUUCUGUGGAUAGUUGUUAAAGCCUCUGCAUCCAAAAAAAACAAAAUAACACCCUCUUUGUUCUUUGUUUGUAUGUUUUUGUAUUUUUGGUUCCUUUAAUCUUCUCUCUUUUUACCUAAUCUGUCUGGUUUGAGAUUGAGUUUCACUUUUUGGUUCUGUUUGA